GUCAAGUGAUGUCGAGAUAAUAUGAACACUAAAGAGUUGACAUAUUUUUAGUUUUACUGAACGGCUUAUCAUCGAUAGAUAAGAGGUAGGUUAUGGGUUUCCUCUCGCACAUAAUCUUUUGUUAGCGUGAACCCUGGGAGGCGCGCAUGGGGAUGAUGCAUCAAAACCGAAGUGACCUGAACUGACGAUAACCUGUAGCCUUGUGUACAACAAUAAUUCGUCGUGGUUAAACCAUGGCUGAGAAGCAGGUGAUCCUCCAAUUCCGCUUUGCCAACUUUGGAGAGUCUAUGUUACAGAAAAUGGACGCUCUGCGCAGCCAAAGGCGCUUCUGCGACGUACUUGUGCGCAUUAACGAUCUGGAGGUGCCCGGCCACAAAGUGGUGUUUGCGGCGGGAUCUCCUUUUCUCCGGGACCAGUUCUUCCUCCAGGACUCCGCAGAAAUUCAGAUCAGCACUUUGCAGGACGCAGAGGUUGGACAAAAGCUUCUGCUGUCUUGCUACUCGGGAGUACUUGAGUUUCCAGAACUGGAGCUUGUCAACUACCUCACAGUCGCAAGUUUUCUCCAGAUGGGACACAUUGUUGAGCAGUGCACGCAGGCGCUUAACAAAUUCAUUAAACCGCACCAAGUGAAGGACGAGCAAACCACUCAAACGCAUUCCAGUAAAGUUGUACAGUUUCUGCCCACUGUAGAGGCAGAGCAAAAUGAGAUGGAGAAUCAAGUGGUAGAUGAAGGAGAGGAAGACGAAGACGACGAUGACGACAUCAUUAUAGAGCAUGUGAUGCCUUCAGUAGCCUCGAGGUCAAAACAAAGCAAGAAUUCUGAAGAAUGUGACAAUAGCCCCCUUGCCAUAAUAAAAGUGGAGUCGGUUAGAGACAAAAUGGCAGACAGCAUGCACGAUCGAAUGUCGCGAUCACCCGCUCUUAAUUCCCCUGAACCACAGCACUCGCUAAUUAACUCCACUGUAGAAAACCGGGUGGGUGAUUCAGAGACUACACUAAUGCACGUGUCGGAUUACCCUACGAGUCCCGUCCCGGCGGAAUCGUCCCGCGUCUGGGGGGGUCUACGUACCAACGACAAGGGCAUACAGUGGUACCACCAGUGCCCAAAGUGUUCGCGUGUCUUCCGGCAGCUCGAGAACUACGCCAACCACCUCAAAAUGCACAAGCUGUUCAUGUGCCUGCUUUGUGGCAAGACAUUCACUCAGAAGGGCAACCUUCACCGGCACAUGCGCGUGCACGCGGGGAUCAAACCAUUCCAGUGUAAGAUAUGCGGCAAGAACUUCACCCAGAAGUGCUCACUGCUCGACCACCUCAACCUGCACAGCGGAGACAAGCCCCACCGCUGCAAUUACUGCGAGAUGGUGUUUGCACACAAGCCAGUUCUCAGAAAGCAUCUCAAGCAGGUCCAUGGCAAGAACAGCUUUGACAACGCCAACGAGGGCUGCAUGCAGGAGCUCGAAUUCACUGGGCUCCAGGAGUCCAGCAGUGAACUCAGAACUGACCAGCUGGUGUCAGAUACAAGACAAUACGCAGUCAAUCUGCAACACUGAACUAUUUGUCCAGAGUUUUGUCACUUCACUUCCGAAGUAAUUUAUUUACAGACAUUCCUCAUUAGUCAUUGAUUGAUUAUCCAGUUUGUCUAACCAAUAGGAUUUGGAAUGAAGAGUGUGAGCACAUGAGCGCAUCAGGAAUGUUACAAUAAGAUAAUAUACGUUACAAUAAAAUAAUAAGAGUUGUUAAUAAAUGCUGCAUCCGUCACUGUAUUUGUUUUUGUACGUAUAGGCAUUUUGUAUUGCCUAUUCAUUGUACAAACGUUCCAGAAUGUAAACCUAUAUUACAAGUGUGUCUAUAUGUUUACUCAAUUUGUUUUCCAAAUUAUGUUAUUGCAUAUGUUACGUCAAUACUACCUUGCCUAAAUGCAAAUGUUAUACAUUGAGUUAGUGUGGAGCACAAUAUGGCGUAUUCAAUAUGCUAGUCACAAUCUACAGUACAGUCAAAGUGGAUAGAUCUAAAGAAAGUGCAUGACUGAAAAAUUAAAAUCAAUUAAAAUACCAGGUGCUAUUCUGUUGUAGCCUUGAAA